UUAGCUUUAUAUCGCACCACUAUCUAAGAUGAAUUCAGAACGAGUUCAAAAUUUAUUUUCAACACAAAUAUUUUUUAUGAAACUUUUUGGUAAUAUAAGUCCUAAAAUUGAGAAUUUUCUUCCACCGGCAUUCAGAAACGUUGGAAUAGUAGCUACAAAAUUGUUAUGUGCAUUCAGGGUAUUCUUGACUUUGCACAUAGUUAUCCUUUUUGUGGCAACUGCAUUUGACUCGUUUUACUAUGGAAAACUGGCAGAUUUCACGGAUGCUUUAGUAAUGCUUAUCAUUUAUUCAUUUGCUACAUUUGCAUGUUUAUAUUGGAUAGUAUUUUCAAAUAAUUUGCAAAGCUUCUUUGAUGAUGUCAACAAACAUUAUCAGUAUCUAUCAAAGCCUGGAUUGACGUAUGUAAAUGCUUAUUCCCCAUACAUUAUUGCUAAAAAAAUGACAAUAUAUUGGCUAUGUGCUUGCAUAGCAGGUGUCGUAUUUUGGGCACUGAGUCCAUUAAUGCUUCGUCGUCGGAUUUUGGCUGUAAAGUGUUGGUAUCCUUUUGAUAUUAAUGAAGGUUACACUUUUGAGAUUCUUUUUUCAAUUCAAUUUUUGGCCCAAUGUCAGAUGGGUGCUACUUUCGGAAAUGGAUCAGCAAUGUAUGUCUCCUGCAUAUUGAUCAUGCUAGGACAAUUUGAUAUUCUUUUUUGCAGCUUAAAGAAUAUUCAAUCGCAUAGUGAAAUCUUAGCAGGAAAAAGCUUACAAAAAAUUAGGUAAGUACAGACUUAAGAAUUUGAUAGAUGCAGACGUGCACUUUGUGACAAAAGUUGAAAUAUGCAUUUUUCUAUGCAUCUUCGAAUUGUUGCAAAUAUU